AUGUCAGCAUCCUUUUAUGACAUUCUAGAAACUACACCUUCUGCCACUUUGCUAGAUGAUAUGGAUUUUAUGCCUGACUUGUUUAUCCUAAAUGUCCCCGACUUCCUCCCAACCCCUGAAACUCAUUCCCUUGUCUCUGUAUUUGAUGUGACCUUUACUGAUUCCCUGGGUGAUAGUGAUCAUAGCAUGCUCUCCCUUCACUCUAGUGAUAUGGUAUUCUCAGAAGACUCUCAGACUGAUAUCAGGGCUGAAUUAUUGGAUGAAUUUCUUGCUGCACAAUUGCACUCUGUCUCCUUCUUCAGGUGUCUCUGA